AGUCAGGCAUCUCUCCCUCCUUGGCUUUCUCUCUCUCUCUGUUCCUGUCUCUCUCUCUGUGUUGGCAGGCGGUGGGCGCGCUCCGCGGCUGCAGCAGGUUUUGUCUGCAGCGGCGGGAGGAAGGAGCGGAAGGAGCAGCAGGAGCAGCAGCACUCUCGAUUCUAGAAAAUCUAAGCUGAGAUUAUCACUGCCUGACAGAUCCACCAAAAGGCAUCCAGAACUCAGCUGGGAGAAGAGCUGUUUUUAACGUUGUCAACUAAUCCAGAGGACCGUGUGAUUACACACUACAACCAGAUCCUCCAGCCGAUUCUUUCUAGUGUGAGAUAUUGGUCGGGUUUGACUGGGUUGCAGACAAAAGGACAUUGAAUCUUUUCUUGAUUUCUUCAGGACAAAUCAUAGGAAUUACUACCACCUUCAUAAUUAGAUAUCCCUUGUAGUCUGUGGCAGCCACAAAAACGUUUCUGGAGUAUAACAAUUAUUUUCAAAUAAAAGAAGCUGCAAAGGAUCAGAAGCAUGGCUGAUGAACGGAAGGAUGAAGCUAAAGCACCGCACUGGACCUCAAGUCAGCUAGCCGAAGCUUCUUCCCACUCACAUCCCCCAGAGAUCAAGGAGCAAAGCAGUACAAGUGAAGGGUUGGUCAGAAGUGCCAAUGGAUUUCCAUACAGAGAGGAUGAAGAUGGGGGAUAUGGGGCACGUGGGCAACAGAGCUCAUAUUCCAGAACCAAAGAGAAUGGAAUCAAUGGAGAAGUAGCAACUGGAGAGAAAGAAACUGCAGAAGAAGUAUCUGCAAGGAUAGUCCAAGUAGUAACAGCUGAAGCUGUGGCAGUUCUGAAAGGUGAACAGGAAAAGGAAGCCCAGCACAAAGAUCAGCCAGCACCAUUACCUUUAGCAGUUGAAGAAACAACUAACCUGCCUCCAUCCCCGCCCCCAUCUCCUGCUUCAGAGCAGACUGGAACAUUGGAAGAAGAAGAGGAGGACGAAGACGAAACAUCUAAAGCUCCAGUGGCUGAGGAACCCAGACCUGCUCCCCUCCUUGAGGAGGGAUGUGAGGAAAUGAGUGGUCCUGCUGAGCCUUUGCAACAAGCUGAAGGCUUCAGGGAGGCCCAGCAGGAACCCAUUCUUGAAGAUCAAGUAACUCGCAAUGGGGAAAGUGUAAAUAUAGCUGAGGAGGCACCCUUGAAAUCCAAAUUGCCUUCCUUGGGCGAGGAAGCCUCGAAGAUGGAAAUCCAUGUCCAGGAAGGGACAGACCUUUUCGCAGCUGAGCCAUUAGGCAUGAAGGACUCAGAGAAAGGAAGUAAGACUAGUGAGCAAUCCUUACAUGAUGCCUUAGUUCUACAGCCAGCAAAAACAGAAUCUAUACAAAGAGCAGAAUCACCAGACGAAGAAGAGAAGACUCCUCCUACUCUCCUCGAACAGACUUUGGAUGCCAAUCACCAAAAGCAGGAACUCAGGGGUUCUGUAAAAACAGAUAUUGAUUCUACAAGAGACUCAGAUCAACAUCAAGAGCAAAAAGAUUUGUCAACACAGUGGCACCAAGAAGGUCAAACAGAUGAAAUAGCCACCACAUCCCAGAAAUCUACCAGCAAAGCAUUACCCACAGAGUCUAAAGAUUAUCAAACUGAUCUUAAAAGAUAUGACUUUCCCUCUCCAGGAAGCAUAGGUUCUUCCUCACUGUCAGAAUUAACAAUGGACACAAGAUCUACAGUUAAAACUAUCUUUUCAUCUGAUACUCUGCCAGGUGCUCAUCAUAAAUCUGGGUCAGUAGAGACUAACAAAAGAAUACACAUAUCUACUGCUUCAGACAUUGCCAAAGACCUUAUGAAAGAUCAUAAAAUGGACAAAGAGAAAAUUAAAAAACAGGAAGAAGACUUUGCAAUAGCAACUAUUCCUUCUUUACCACCAGUUACAGAAGAAACAAGUGUGCAGAAUGUUCCUCUUUGGGAGGAAGAGAAAGAUAUGACAGAGGAUGAAAGUGAUGAAGAGGGGUACUCUGUUUCCAGUAGACAAAAGCAUAGAGCAUUAGAUGAUCAAAGUUUUGUGGCUUGUGCUGACCAACCCACUAAAGGAGCCAUAGGAAAAGAAGCUGAAAAAGAGGGAAAACACAGCAUGGAGACUUUUGCUGACAGAUUCAGUCAGGAAUUAUUUCCUGAAAAAGUUGAAGCAUCUUUAAAUAGACAUGCAUUGUCUGAAAUUGAGAACCCCUCUACUGAACCAAGUGAUGAAACUCUGCACAGAAAAGAUUCUGGAAAGAAUUGUAAAGAUGCAGAAUUUUCUGUUGGAGAUUCUGACACUCACAAAGUGCAGGUGGAAGAAGACAAGUCAGGAAUGUCUACCUAUUUUGAGACUUCUGCUCUUAAAGAUGAAUCUGUAAAGAGUGACAUACUACUGCAUGGUAGUGAUUACUAUGAACUGAGUGACACUAAGGAACAGACCUAUGACCCUUACCAUAAAGAUUUCCUUUUUGCUAAAAAAGACACUGAGGAAUAUCAACCAGACUCGUACCAACUCCCCAGUAUACCCACUCAUGAAAUAGGAUACAGUACUCUUGCCCAGAGCUUCCCAGAAGAUGAACCUAGAGAACCCAGUUCACCUAAAGAAAGAAUAUACACAAUUGACCCCAAUGUUUAUGGGGAUAAGAGAGAACUCCACAAUAAAAAUAAGGAUGAUCUAACUCUAAGCAGAAGCUUGGGGCUUGGUGGAAGAUCUGCCAUAGAGCAGAGGAGUAUGUCAAUUAACCUACCAAUGUCCUGCUUGGACUCUAUAGCAUUGGGGUUUAACUUUGGACGUACACAUGACCUUUCACCUCUAGGUUCAGACAUUCUAGAUAAUGCUAGUGGAGAUGAAGGUGAUGACUAUUUGCCAGUCACCACCCCAGCAGUAGAAAAAACUCCUACCUUCCCAACAGAUAGCAGGGAAGAAGAAGAAGAAGUAGUAGUAGUAGAAGAAGAAGAAGACGAAAAAGAGAAAAUUGAGGAGCCAAUAAUGAAAGAAGAAGGAGAGAUUCAGGUGGAGCCCUCGUGCGAGUCACCCUUCCUGGGCAAAGAUUACUAUAAAAAUGGGAACGUAAUGGCUCCUGACUUACCUGAAAUGUUAGACCUUGCUGGCACAAGGUCAAGACUGGCAUCUGCGAGCACAGAAGCUGAGGGAGCACAGAGCAAGUCCAUUCUUUCGGAGGGACCAGAAGAAGACAGCAGUACAACCCAGCACCUUAUGAAAGAUGAAAACCACAUGACUCUAAAGGCUGACAGUCAACUGGAAGAUUUAGGUUACUGUGUUUUCAAUAAAUACACAGUACCAAUGCCAUCACCAGUCCAAGACAGUGAGAAUUUGACCGGAGAGAGCUGUCCCUUUGAUGAGAAAAUUAGAAGAGGUGUCAUUACAGAUCUCUCACUAAUAGAAGUGAAGUUGGCAGCUGCAGAGAGAUCGAAAGAAGAAAAAGAGGCAUCCAGUGACUCAGUCCUUUUAGGCAAAGACUUUGAACAAGAGAGAAAAGCUAUUGAUAAACUAGACACUGUGCUAGAAAAAAGUGAGGAACCUACUGAUUCCAAAGAAGCCUAUUCUUCUGAGGAUGCUGAGCAUACAAGAGUAAAGCCUGAUUCAACUUUAGAAACUGUAGAUGAUAAAAGUCUAGCUGGAGUGGAAGAGAAAGUGUCAUUGAUAACUCAGAAAGAGGAAGAUGACAUUCAUAUCACUAAGACUGGCACACCAGAAAUCUCUUGUAAACCCGACUAUGAUGCUAUAAAGCAUGAUUUGGAUUCUGCUGCUCUGCAAGUUGAACAGGAAUAUCAAAGUAAGUUAGGAGUUCAUCCAGAUGAAUCUGUCUCAGGGCAGAGCACAGUGGAUCGAGACAAGAUCCCCUCUGUAUUGCCUGAAGAACCCAUUGUAUGUGCAAAAUUAGAGCCAUGCCCUAUUAAGGAUGCCACUAAAUUGUCUGAAAUUGAAUUCAAAGAAAAAGGUGCUAAGCCUGAUCUUGUGCAUCAAGAAGCAGUAGAUAAAGAAGAAUCGUAUGAGUCAAGUGGAGAUAAUGACCAAGCCCAAGAGGGUUUGCCUGGAGAUACUUCAAAGCCAUAUGUUGGAAAAAUAGAACCAGAAAGUCCAUCACUCUCAGAAGAGACUGUGUCACAAGUGCUAGUAGAACAACAAGUUGUAGAAACAGAGGUAUCAAAAGCUACUCCAGAAGAAGCAGCUGAAAUUCAAAUGGAGAACAUACCGCAGUCAAAAACAGACCAAGUGGAGUCUCUGGAGUUAGCAGACUCUGUGAAAACUGAAGAUUUAGUUCAUCAUUUAGAAUAUGAGAAAAAAGAUGUAGAAGGAGAACAACAGAAAGAGGUUAAGCAACCAGAAGAACAUAAAGAGGUUAAGCAAGCAGAAGAACUCAAAGAAGACAUUAAAGAAGCAGAAGAAUAUGAGGAGACUCAGAUAACAGCAAAGCAGGAUGAACUGAGUAAAUUGGAAGAAAAACAUGAGAAACAAGAUAAGAAAGAAGGAGAACAGGAAAAGAUUAGACAAGAGGAAGAGAUUAAGCAAGAAACAGAACAAGAGGAAGAGACUAAACCAGAACAAGAAGAGAGUAAGCAACCAUACACAGAAGGAGACUUGGAAAGACAUGAAGAAGAAGAAGCAGAUGUCUGUCAAGCUAUCCCUGGGGAACUACCUGAACUCAAAGGAGUAAUAGAAUCUGUUGUUACAAUUGAGGAUGACUUCAUCACAAUAGUACAGACAACGGUAGAUGAGGGAGAUGCCAGCUCCCAUAGUGUACGGUUUGCUGAAACCCAACAGGCUGACAUUGAAGAGGAAGGCAUCCAUCCUGAAGAGGAGGUAGACAUGGAGGUGGUUGCUGACAUCAAAGAAGAGAAAAAAGACACCUCUUUAGAAGCUCCUGGUUCUCCUGAGAGGGAAGAAGUCCCCUUAACUGAUUAUAAAACAGAGACGUAUGAUGAUUAUAAGGACGAAACCACCAUUGAUGACUCGAUCCUGGACACUGACAGCAUAUGGGUGGAUACUCAAGAUGAUGAUAGGAGCAUCAUGACAGAACAGUUAGAGACUGUUCCUAAAGAGGAGAAAGCAGAGAGAGAAUUGCGGAGACCGUCUCUCGAUAAGCAUAAAAAAGAGAAAGCCUUAAAAACUGGGAGAGGCAGGAUUUCUACUCCUGAAAGAAAAAUAGCUAAAAAGGAACCUAGCACAGUCUCCAGAGAUGAAGUGAGAAGGAAAAAAGCUGUAUAUAAGAAAGCUGAACUUUCUAAAAAAGCUGAAGUUCAGGCUCACUCUCCCUCCAGGAAAAUCAUUUUAAAACCUGCUAUCAAACACACUAGACCAACUCAUCACUCCUGUGUUAAGCGGAAGCAGACAGCCGCUGCUGGUGAAACAAAUCAAACUCCUGGGAUGUUUAAGCAAGCAAAGGAAAAACUUUCAACUUCUUCUUUGUCAAAAAUUCCUGCCUCAAAAGUUAGAGCAAAGUCAUUGCUUCCUCCAAGACCCAGCUCAGCUUGCUCACUAAUUACUACUAAAAAAGCUGCUUUGCUUGAUACAGACAAUUGCAUUACGCGGCCCUCUUCAGCGGGCCCAAGAGACUGCUUACCAUAUUCAAAAACAGAUGAUCAGGAUGGAAUAAUCAAGAGUCCUGAAAAGCGUUCCUCUUUACCAAGACCUUCUUCAAUUCUUCCCACCCGGAGAGGCAUAUCAGCAGAUAGAGAACGGGAUGAGAACUCUUCCUCCUUGAACAGCACUAUUUCAUCGGCACGACGGACAACCAGAUCAGAGCCUAUCAGAAGCCGGACAGGAAAGAGUGGCACAUCAACCCCAACUACUCCAGGAUCCACUGCCAUCACUCCUGGCACACCGCCUAGCUAUUCCUCCCGUACUCCAGGCACUCCUGGCACCCCUAGCUAUUCUAGAACCCCUCACACUCCGGGUACCCCCAGAUCUGCUAUUCUGGUCCCCACUGAGAAGAAAGUUGCUAUCAUCCGCACGCCUCCGAAAUCGCCAGGCACCCCAAAGCAACUACGACUCAUCAACCAGCCGCUGCCUGAUCUCAAGAAUGUCAGGUCCAAAAUCGGGUCAACAGACAAUAUCAAAUAUCAACCUAAAGGAGGACAGGUUAGGAUUUUAAGCAAGAAGAUUGAUUUUAGCGAUGUUCAAUCCAGAUGUGGUUCCAAGGAUAACAUCACACAUGCAGCAGGGGGAGGAAAUAUUCAGAUUGUAACCAAGAAGAUAGACCUGAGCCAUGUGACUUCCAAAUGUGGUUCACUGAAGAAUAUCCGCCAUAGGCCAGGUGGGGGGCGAGUGAAAAUCGAGAGUGUGAAACUGGAUUUUAAAGAAAAGGCCCAUGCCAAGGUUGGUUCGCUUGAAAAUGCUCACCAUGUACCUGGAGGAGGUCACAUCAAGCCUACUUUCCUUGCACAGAUUGACAGCCAGAAGCUCAAUUUCCGAGAGCAUGCUAAGGCCCGUGUGGACCAUGGAGCAGAGAUCAUCACGCAGUCCCCAGGCCGAUCCAGCGUGGCUUCUCCACGGAGGCUCAGCAACGUCUCCUCCUCUGGCAGCAUCAACCUCCUUGAAUCUCCUCAGCUUGCUACCCUCGCUGAAGAUGUCACUGCGGCCCUAGCUAAACAGGGCUUAUGAAUUUGCUUCAUUUUGCAGUGUUUGAAGUAAUAAUAUUUAGGCAUGAGCUCUUGCCAGGAAUGGGCUCUGAGCAGGUGUUAACAUUCAUUCUUUACCAUGUCUAAAAUAAUUAAGUCUCAUCCCAAGACUGUAGUAACCGUAAAAUAAAAUAAAACCUGGGGAAAAGAUAUUUAUAGAAGCAGAAAUUGGCCUGAUUUCCAUUUUCAGCAGGAAGACACUGGCUUUAAUGUGGGUACAAUUGCAGUAUAUUACAUUGGACAAUUAUUGUUGCUCUGCUCUGUCUUGCAUGGAGUACUGUACUAUGAUACAAUGCAUUUUUACCUUUCAUGUGCCUGAAGGCCAUCCACCACUUUUUGAAGAGCCUUGUUAAAUACCUUCAGUUGCUCAUUUUACUCGUUGGUUGAUGGAUGGAAUUAAGGAACAUCUCCCCUUGUAAUCUAUGAACAGGUUAAAUUAAACUGGAGAGUCUUGAUUGCCAGACAGAAAGGCCACUAAGGAUGUCCCAGCUUCAAGAGGGUACGCGCGGGUGGGUUAUUUUAUAUAAAUGUGUAGAGGAAAGACUCAAUUAAGUUAUUAUUGUCAUUGAACUUGGAUAAUUAUGUCAGUGUAUAGCUGAUUCCAAUAAAUUAUUUAACUAAUAGUAAAAAGAAAGUAGUUCGAGGGAAAUCAUAUGAACUGAAGUGCGGGGAAAUCAUAUGAACUGUAUUGGGGAACUGACUUUUUCUUUUUUCUUUUUUAAAAAGCAGCUAUUGAAACUAAGCAAUGGAACUGUGUCUGAUUGGAAUGUUGGUUUAAGCAGCUAGGUUUGUGUCUACACUACUGGUUUCACAUCCUUUCCAUCUGUUUGAUACAGUAUUAUUAUAGAUAUAUAUUUCUCUGUGGCCAUUUGUGAUACGCCCUCUCAUACUUGAAUAUUCUACUUCUUUAUUCACAGUAUCUGUGUUUCUUGCACCCUUUGGUGUUGCAAUUUUAGGUAUGUAAAAGUAGAUGUUAGCAGGGUUUUUAUUUCCCUAGUCAAACUUUAAAAAAAUUAAAAAGACAAAGAUCUUUUAGCAUGAAAUUGCUUUCUGUAACAUCUCAAAAACUGUGACCCUGUUUUAGUGCCAGAUGCAAGUCUUUUCUGUGAUACUAGAAAAAAAAUUCUCCUUCCUUUCUCCCCUUUCUCAUUCGCCUCUCCCACCUAUUACAGACUUUAUGGUGUCCAGGUAUUUGUAAACAAUGAUCUCCAGAAGGAUGGUUUUGGGGUACAGAUAUUUAAAAAAUCAAAUGUUAAAAUAAUGGCUUUGUUCUGGCUUUUAAAGAAAAAUCCUGUAAUAGGAAUGAAGCUUAAAGAUUUUUUUAAAAUAAAAAUUCUUUUGCUAAAGUUGAAAUUCCAACAAACAAGGGGGAGUUUUAACAGAAGUUCUUCGUUCUGUUCUUUUCAUGGCAUCUUUGCAUAGCUGUAUGUAGAUGCCUCGUAUAGAAAAGUGUUGCUCUGGAGAGAUGCAUGCAUAACAUAUGUUGAGUACUGGUAACAUGAUUAAAUAAGCUCCCUAUAUAGCAUCACUGAAGUGAUGGAAGUGAUAAGUAAAUCUGCAGACAAUGACAAAUAUAAAAAGUAUACGAAAAGUGUGUAUAAUAAGAAAAACACCCAGGGACACCAAAACAAUACAACAACUGGAGUCUAUGGGAUUUCUACCACUACCAACUUGGUCACUUUAAGAGGAGAUGGUAUGGUAAUAGGACACAUAAGUGGACACUUGUCUACUCAUGAUAUAUACACUAGCUUUGGCUAGAUGAUAAUUAAAUUUCAACCUGCAGAUAGAUUGCUCUUUUCCUUAGGAAAUCACCUACAUUAUGUUUGCAUGAUCUCAAACUGAGCUGUACAUGAAUGGUUCAUUAGGAUGUCCAUGUUUGCAAGAAGCUAUUUCAAAAGGGCUAGCUCUUAAGCAUCUUAAUUUAACUUUGUUAUUUCUAAGAUUGAAGCUUAAACACACUUUAAAGAAUGAACACAUCACCCAAGAGUCUUUUUUGAAACCAUAAGAUACCAAAUUGAUCAUGGAAUAAAGCUUUCCUUAGAUGCACAGAUCGGAUUGCUAUUGUUGUUCGUGUUAGAAGGACAUUUCUGACUCUGAGGAGUAUUCCAGAAUUCUUCCACAAAAGUAUGCAAUUCCAUACAUUUUAAAAUCAGACCCUAAUUUCAAAAAUAGUUCCCAAAGUGCUAUAGGCUGUCCCUUGUAAAUGGAUAGUAACAAGUAAAAUUUCAGUAUAGUGAGUUGUAGAACUUCUUCAAGGAUAUGGGGAUGAACUAGUAUAAAUAUUCCGACACAUUACAUCUUAAAAGCUGUUGCAUAUUAUAAGAUGCCUUGUAAAGUCUAUAAUGCAGUCGUCUAGUUAAGAAAAAGGUUAGUUUAGAAUUUAAAGUGCGUCAGGAGGAUUGUUCUACCUUGUGAUUGCUGUGAUGUUACUUAGAAUAAUCAUACAAUAUACAAACACACACACACAUCCAUAUUAAAAAGAACCCUGUUGGGUCAGCCCAAAGGUCCAUGUCACAGGACUCCUUGCCAUUGUUUCAGGAAAAACAAAAGGCAAGAGUCUGAUUUUUAAUGCCGUAUUGUCACUUGGACUCUAUGCUGUUGGUUUUACAGGUUAGCUCUCAAUGUUUUUAUGUCUUUCCCCCCAUUCUUAGAGCAAGAUAGUGCCCAAGGUACUACUGAACCUCAUGUGGGCUGGUGCUGAGUGUCAGCCAGUCGGGACAGUGUAAUCUGUGACUAUUUUGUAUUCUGCUUUUUUUGGGAUAUAUACACAUUCUAGGUGGUGAAGUUAUUUAUUGAGUAUACAUGUCCAAAGCUGCCAAGUCAUUAAUUCCAUGCUGCAAAUUUAUCUUAUUCAUCUGAAAGCUCAGUCCUUGUGAUCGAUAAUCAUUCUUCCAUAGAACAAGUUGCAGAACUGGAUGAAGUCAUGCAAGUUGAAGAGCCAGCAAGAGGCCCAGGCUCUGAUAUAAGAAAUGUGCACACUAUGUUACAGGACUCUAGAUUUUGACUGGGAUGAUUUGGGGGUGGGGGUGGGAUGGACAUUGCAUAUCAAGAAAGCAUUAAACAAUAUUAAUUUCUUGAGUGUGGGUUUAAUGUAAAAGCUAAGUGACAUGGUUCAAUCAGAAGAUCUCACAUGGAUGCCAUGCUGAACUAAAUGUGAUCCAGAAAAGAGCACUAGUAUAAGUUAAUUGGCAGGAAGUAUUCUUUGUAUACUGUGCUCAUUUAAAGAAAGCUAAGGAUGAGGCAAAAUUUACUUAGUUUACAUUUUAAUACCACAUUACCUAGUUUUGCUCAAAUCAAAAAUCAAUUAUUCAAUUCACAAUUCAUCUUGCAGUUGAGGUAAAGAUAACCCAGACAUAAGACUGGGGAAGAUUUUAAGUUUCCAAACAACUUAAGAUUGGCAGAAUGAGAAACCGAAAGGGAUAAUUGUGACCACUACUUAGGGCAAGCAUGUUUUUGCCAAUAUUAUUGAGUUCUAGAACAGUAACUGUCUAAGUUUAAGUAAAAUUAAGUAAGGUACACACAGAUGAAUAAACAUGGGCCAGUGCAAAUGUUUCAGUCAAAGUAAAUUGACCUUUGAAAGAUAGGGCUCCCUGUUUUUCUCUCUUUAUGUAUAUUUACUUCUAUGUAAUUCUAGGCAUGGAGGAACUGAAUAAAAGAUUGGUUUUCAUUCACCAGCAGUAGUCCAAGAAGCUAAUUAUGUGAUAGUCCCCAUUCCCUGGGAUAUUAUGCAUAUAUUGUUAGGCAUUAGAAACCCUUUCCCUUUAAGGUUAUUUGCAAAUAUCUAUGUCUGCCUAAUUUGCGUGGGCUAUCAUGUCAUGAUAAGCAGGCGAGGGACUUGUCUUUGAUUCCCUUCCAAAAGAUCACAUCAAGUACACAUUGCCUUAGAGACGCUAAAUUAAGCAGCAGAUCAGAUGUCCAGCCUAAAACAGGCCAGAAAUUUCAGACUGACGUUAUUGAAUUCUGGCUGAACACACACUAAACAUCAUAGCUUUUCUGCCCUGCGAGAACUGGGAAAACGGGUGAUGUUGAGUCCCAAGAAGAGCAACAUGUUUGUGGAAUUUGGGUUUGAAAUCAGUUCAUUGGGUCACAAUUUAUACAGGGCUAAUGUGGGUUGUGUUAGAUCUUGUUCAUUGCUGGUAGAGUAAUCAAGCACAUUCCCAUAAAUUUCCCAUAUAAAUAGCAUAACUAUUCAAUGCUCUAGUAAGGAUGGGGCUGGCAGCCAUUUCAACUUUAGCAAAGAACAUGAAAACAUCUGUGCACUGGGAUUUUUUCCCCUUUUCCUCUUUCUUUUUCCUCUGAGAAACACAUUAGGCCAUAACAAAGCCUGUUGGGGUUAUUUUUUUCCUGAUAAUUCUAGAGCCUGUUAUCAUAAAAGAGGCAUUUCUUGAAUGGCUGGUGGUAGGUAGUUCAUGUUUUUCAAUCCAACUUGCAGUUGUAUUUGUUGCUGUAUAGUGAUUGUUUUGCAAAAUAAAAACGCUUGUCAU